AUGUCGGAUUCCACAGUAAACGUGAAGCCGCAAUGUGGCAGCGGAGAUCAGGUGGGAGAGUACGAUCUUGGCUUGCACGUAGCUGGCCUCUUUAUGGUAUUAGCAGCCUCGAUUUUUGGUGCUGGAUUCCCAGUAGCUGCAAAGAAAAUCAAGUGGCUCAAGGUCCCCGAGAAGGUGUUCUUUGCAUGCAAACAUUUCGGUACGGGUGUCUUGAUUGCAACAGCCUUUGUUCACCUUCUUCCCACGGCCUUCUUCAGUCUUUCGGACCCAUGUCUUCCAGACCUAUUCACCGAGCAGUACCCGCCGAUGCCCGGCGUCAUCAUGAUGGCAUCGCUCUUCUCUCUUUUCACCAUCGAAAUGUGGCUUAACAGCAAGAUGGGAGGUCACUCCCAUGGCGGCGCCAAGGGCUUUGAGUCUUCGCCCUCUGCCAAGACCAUGGCCCAGAUGGGAGGGCAGAUGAGAGAGCAUAUGGGGCCCGCUGGCAAUUUUUCUCGCCCACUUCGACACACCCGCACGAGCCUCGAGACAGAUGAUGACAUCUCAUACGAGAAGAAGGUCGCCCAGAAGGCCUACGAGGAGAACGCCACAAUCCAGCGUCAGAACCCCUACGCAGACAGCAGCUCCAACGAGUUGGACUUCGCCCACUCCGAGAUGCCGCCCUGGUUCAUCGUCUUCUACGAGCAGUAUGUCCGCCAGCACCUCGAGAUGAUGAAAAUGAUCAAGGAGUCCGGAGGCCGGUACCACGAAGAUUCCGAGUCCGAACCCGUCGUGUCGGAGAACCAGGCCCCCAUCUUUGACGAGGAAGGCCAGCAGGUCGACCCUGCGGUCCUCAAGAAGAUGUCUCUCAACAUCACCCUGCUUGAGGGUGGCAUCCUGUUCCACUCCGUCUUCGUCGGCAUGACCAUCUCCAUCACCAUCGAGGGCUUCAUCAUCCUCCUCAUCGCCAUCCUCUUCCACCAGAUGUUCGAGGGUCUCGGUCUCGGCUCCCGCAUCGCUGCUGUUCCGUACGCCAAGGGAAGCAUCAGGCCUUGGGUUCUGGUUGUGGCCUUUGGCACUACGGCGCCGAUUGGGCAGGCUAUUGGGUUGAUUACGCGCAAUGCGUAUGAUCCCAACAGUGCGUUUGGGCUGAUCAUUGUUGGUGUUUUCAACGCUAUCUCUGCCGGUCUGUUGAUCUACGCGUCGACGGUCGAUUUGCUUGCUGAGGACUUCCUGUCCGAGGAGGCGAAUGAGACGCUGUCAGAGAAGGAGAAGAUCACGGCAUUUUGCUACGUGCUGGCAGGGGCUACGGGCAUGUCCAUUGUGGGCGCUUUUGCUUAAUAUCACAUUUUACUGUACACUUGUUAAAAGGAACAGGAGGCGAUUGGCGGAAAUACCCCCAAGGCUGCUUCAGCCGAGUUUUAAAUGUUUGAUUGCGAAU